AUGUCGCAAGAACGCAUUGUUGAACUUAGAUACAAUAUUCUUAGUCCAUAUACAGCUUUUGUUGGUAUUGAAAAACGUAUUAAUGCAAGCAAUGCUGAUAUGGUCUUGCGUGAAGUACCUAUUCAAAUAUCUGCUGACGACGAACACUUGCUAGAUCAACAAUUAUGUUACUCUAAAAUGAGUGAUGAUAAGGAGAAAUAUCAGAAAGUUCAAUGUCAGUAUCAAGAGACUCAAUGUCAUUAUGAAGAGGCUGAACAUCGUUAUAAAGUGACUCAAAAUCAUUCUGAAGAGGCUCAACGUCAUUAUAAAGGGGCUCGACAUCGUUCUGAAGACGCUGAACAUCGUUAUAAUGAGGCUCGAUAUCGUUAUAAAGAGGCUCGACAUCGUUGUGAAGAGACUCAACAUCGUUGUGAAGAGGCUCAACAUUGUCAUGAAGCGACUCGACAUCGUUGUGAAGAGGCUAGACAUCAUUAUGAAACUCACAGCAGCAGCGAUAAUGACAAUCAAAAUAUUGUUCGUCAAUUAAUCAAAAAACAAAAAUUCGACGGUUUAUGA